AUGGGACGCCUAGGACGAGAGGCUCAAGAAAGGCGAGUAGUUCGUCAUUUUGCAUUCCUCUAUGGAAUAGUAUUUAUUAUUGUUCUGCCCUACUUGUGUUAUGAUUUCCCGUUUUCAAACUAUUAUCGUCUACUGCGGAGGGAUGUAGAUGGUUUAGUUCACAGUUACAUCGGUCGAAGAAACGAGGCCGCUUACAAAGCUCAUCAAUAUUUCAGUGAUAGCGGCGAUAAAUUGCGCAGGAUGUUUCAGUCCGAAAAAGAGUCACCAUGGCUUGCUGUUGGAAUAAUUACGAUAAAAAGACACGUUAAAGACAAACAAUAUCGCUCGUUUAAACCGCAGUUUGUCCUUGAAGUUGCAGCCAGAGUGAGUCAGGUACUUGAGAAAUACCCACAACGAAAUAACGUGGUGCUGAGAAUAUGUAACGUAGAAAGCAACCCAGAUGAUAAUACCGAGGCUUUAUUUAUAUCACAUUACAUACCAACAUUUUUUAAACCAGUGACUGUUGCGUUUAAUAACACAUACGAAAAGGAGAAACGUGACUACAUGUUUUGUUUACGUGAAAUGAGCAGACUUGGUCCAAAAUAUAUACUUCUGUUAGAAGACGACGCUCUCAUCGAUUGGAACUUUUUCUCAAUUCUUAGAGAGGUGAUGGAGAGUAAGAUUGAGAACAGAUACCGUAGAGGUGAACUACAGUCACUAGAAGUAGCCAAUUUAGGGCAGGUAAAACUGUAUUUUCCGGAAAAAGUAGAUGGAUAUUCAUGGGACAGGGCGUGUAUAGUUGAACUGUUUUCAGUCGGCUGUGUCGGAGGAAUGAUAAUAGCUUGUUUAUAUGAGGCGUGUUCCAGUCCACUUCGCCACCGUGCACGUACAUUGGUCGCUAUACUAAGUUUCACAUUUGUUGUGAUGGCCGCGUUUUCAAUAGGACGCCCGCACAUGCUCUCUUUUCGUCGAUUUUCUUCCGUUCUCCAUUUCCUUGGCCCUGGACCAUCGUGUUGCACACCAGCAGUGCUGUAUCCCAUGCAUUCAGCGACCGUAGUCUUAGACCGGUUCGAUUCCCCGUUAUCACAGACUAGUUCAUCUCGUGCACCGUUAGAUCUGUUAAUUUCCGUGCAUUUAGGUAUUAUGUAUCGAUUUGACAAUUACAGAAUAUUUCCUAACCUGGUGGAACACUUAAGCAUUUUCUCUACCUUACGUGAACUACAAGAAGACCCACGUGACUUAUUUCCACUACGGAGUUAA